AUGGACACCGUGCUGACCCUCACAGCCCUUCAGGUCAUGAAGACAUUCUUAUUUCUCUUUGCUGUUUUCUUCUUUCUUGACCCAGCCAAGAAUGCAUUUUUCGAUGAGAAGUGCAGCAGGAUUAAUGGGAGAUGCGCAGAAUCUUGUCUGAAGAACGAAGAACUCAUUGCUCUCUGCCAGAAGAAUCUGAAGUGUUGUGUGACAGUCCAGCCAUGUGGGCGGGACAAGAGCGACAACUUGGGUGAAGACUCGGGCUACAACAGGACUCGGGGAUGA